AAAUCUCAAAUGUCAAGCUCACACGGAAACGCGUAGUUUAGGGCCGAUUUAUUUUGGGUCUUGAUUUAUUGUGAAUUUUCAGCGCAGUAGUUUGGAAACGUUAAAUAAGGGUUAAAGUUGAACUUUCAGGUUGCACGCCAUCUUCACCAUGGGCCACAAGAAACCUGCACGCAAACAGGCUAGAAAAGGUUUCUUCUGAAGCACUUAGUGUACGAUGGCAGAAACAGAAGCAGAUGGAACCAAAAUGGCAAAUAUGGCAGAGCCCCAGGCAGAACCUGCUGUCAGUAAGAGCUCCAAGAAAUCUGAGGGACACUCAGUCUUCAGCUGGCUCAUAGUGUUGGCUCUGUUGGGUGCCUGGAUGUCUGUAGCUGUUGUCUGGUUUGACAUAGUUGAAUACAAGAAUGUUUUGGGCACACUUGGAAAAGUUUAUGAUUCUGAUGGUGAUGGUGACUUUGAUGUGGAAGAUGCCAAAGUUCUGCUGGAGAAAUCGCCUGAGACCACGAAAAAUGAGAGAGCAAGCAGAGAAUCAGAAAAUAUUUUUGAGACCGCUAAAAUAAAGAACGCAAGCAAAGCUGAGAAGAAUAAAGAAGAGGUGUUUAAGAAAAUUAAAGAGCAUUCUACCAGACAAAUUGGGCACAAACUGAAGGCAGCUCUCAAGGAGCAGCUUCGGAUGAUCCAUGAGAAGAUCGAGGCAAAAAAGAUUGCUAAGCUAGCACUGGCUGAGGUCCGAAGCAUCCUGGCCCAAGAGGAAGAAGAGAGAAAAGCCAUCCUUUCUGCCAAAAAAGCCAAAGAGGAAGCUGAUGCUAAACUACUUGAAGAGAAGGCAAGAAAAGAGCAUGAGAGAUUAGCCAAAGAGAAGGCAGCGAGUGAGAGGGCUGAGCAAGAAAGGCUUGCUAAGGAGAAGGCUGAAAAGGAAAAGCUAAUUAAAGACAAAGCAGAAAAGGAAAGGCUGGCUAAAGAGCAAGCUGAAAAGGAAAGGCUAAGAAAAGAACAAGCAGGAAAAGACAGGCUAGCAAGAGAGCAAGCGGAGAAGGAGAGAGCAGAAAAGCUAGAAAAAGAAAAGGCUGAAAAGUUGGCUAGAGAGCAGGCAGAGAAAGAAAAAGAAAAGGCAGAGAAGGAAAGACAAGGAAGAGAAAGGUUGGCUAAAGAGCAAGCAGAGAAAAAGAGAGCAGAAAAGGAAAGGCUGGCAAAAGAGAAGGAGAGAGCAGAAAAGCUAGAAAAAGAAAAGGCUGAAAAGUUGGCUAGAGAGCAGGCAGAGAAAGAAAAAGAAAAGGCAGAGAAGGAAAGACAAGGAAGAGAAAGGUUGGCUAAAGAGCAAGCAGAGAAAAAGAGAGCAGAAAAGGAAAGGCUGGCAAAAGAAAAAGAGAGAGCAGAAAAGGAACGGCUGGCAAAAGACAAAGCCGAAAAGGAAAGACUGGCGAAAGAGCAAGCGGAAAAGGAAAGGCUGGCGAAAGAGCAAGCGGAAAAGGAAAGGCUGGCGAAAGAGCAAGCGGAAAAGGAAAGGCUGGCGAAAGAGCAAGCGGAAAAGGAAAGGCUGGCGAAAGAGCAAGCGGAAAAGGAAAGGCUGGCGAAAGAGCAAGCGGAAAAGGAAAGGCUGGCGAAAGAGAAAGCGGAAAAGGAAAGGCUGGCGAAAGAGAAAGCGGAAAAGGAAAGGCUGGCUAAAGAGAAAGCAGAAAAGGAGAAAGCGGAAAAGGAAAGGCUGGCGAAAGAGAAAGCAGAAAAGGAGAAAGCGGAAAAGGAAAGGCUGGCGGAAGAACAAGCGGAAAAGGAGAGAGUGGAAAAGGAAAGGCUGGCAAAAGAACAAGCGGAAAAGGAAAGGCUGGCGAAAGAGAAAGCGGAAAAGGAAAGGCUGGCGGAAGAACGAGCGGAAAAGGAGAGAGUGGAAAAGGAAAGGCUGGCAAAAGAACAAGCGGAAAAGGAAAGGCUGGCGAAAGAGAAAGCGGAAAAGGAAAGGCUAGCGAAAGAGAAAGCGGAAAAGGAAAGGCUAGCGAAAGAGAAAGCAGAAAAGGAAAGGCUAGAGAAAGAGAAAGCAGAAAAGGAAAGGCUAGCGAAAGAGAAAGCAGAAAAGGAACGGCUAGAGAAAGCAGAAAAAGAGAAAGCAGAAAAGGAAAGGCUAGAGAAAGAGAAAGCAGAAAAAGAGAAAGCAGAAAAGGAACGGCUAGCGAAAGAGAAAGCAGAAAAGGAAAGGCUGGCGAAAGAGAAAGCAGAAAAAGAGCGAGCAGAAAAGGAAAGGCUAGCGAAAGAGAAAGCAGAAAAGGAAAGACUGGUGAAAGGGAAAGCAGAAAAGGAAAGGCUGGCGAAAGAGAAAGCAGAAAAAGAGCAAGCAGAAAAGGAAAGGCUGGCGAAAGAGAAAGCAGAAAAGGAAAGGCUGGCGAAAGAGAAAGCAGAAAAGGAAAGGCUGGCGAAAGAGAAAGCAGAAAAGGAAAGGCUGGCGAAAGAGAAAGCAGAAAAGGAAAGGCUGGCAAAAGAGAAAGCAGAAAAGGAAAGGCUAGUGAAAGAGAAAGCUGAACAAGUAAGACUGGAUAAAGAAAGAUUAGCUCAAGAAAAGACGGCAAAACAAACGGCCGGGACAAAAAUAUUGGAAAAGGUGGGAAAAGAAAAAGCAGCAGAGCAACACCUCGAGAAAGGUGUUCCAGGCAAGGGCAAAGAAAGGGCAAAAAGAGAAAGUGAGAAGUCUAAACAAUCAGAAUCUAAGAAGGAAGCGUCUGGACAAACUACAGAUCACAAGAAGGAGGAAAAAUCUACCAAAGGUCUCCUGAAAUCUUCAGUCUGGAAAAGCAAAAAAACCACCAGUUAAAUGGAAUGUAUAAGAAUGUAAUGUUUGGUAACCUGAUUAAAACAAAUGGGACAUGAGAAAUACCUAAUGCGAUGAGAUCCGCUCAGUCUGGACUGGUCUAAUUCCUGAGUUUAUCUUGGAUUGAAUACACUGCACACUUCAACCUAACGCAGUGUAGAUCACAUGUUCAGGUCUCGGAGGUUGAUCUUCUCAUACUCUGCUUUGGUUGGUCCAAAGUACAGGAACAUUUGGCUAGUGGAGUUUAGUGGAGUUUUUGGUGCAUAUUUGUGAUAAUACCUGAAUAAAGAGCAUAUGUAUAACCUAUAUUACAUUUGUGUUCUAUAAAAAGUAUAAUUGAAUCGAGUGAUAUUAGCUGUUAUUAGUUGUUUUCUUGAUUCAUGCCUAUUUAAAAUUUAUAAUCAGAAUGUGCUUAAUUGCUAAUGAGAAACUUUUGUGGUCUAUUAUUUAAAUUCUGUAGAAGUGAAGCAGUUUAUAUAAUGGAUUUGAAUACAAUUUUGGUUCUCAUACUGAUGCUCUCAGAUGUCCCCUCCACCCCCUUUUUUUUUUUAAACAGCUGACAUGUUUUCUAUUGUGUAUUUUAUGUAGCUGUAUCGGCAUGGUUAAAGGCUUUACAUUGCAAGGCAUUGCUAAUAUUAAAUUACAGACAUGCACAUUUACAUGCAAUUUAAAAAAAAAAAAGUUAGAUAAAACAAUAGUAAUAAAAGACGACGAAGGAGAAACUACACGGUGAUUUGUCUGAGCGUUUUGUACAUGUUUACAGUGUUGGUGUUAUGGUGCGGUUCGUGGUCCUGUUCCACUGGUUACUCUUUUUUUCGGGACAGGAUUUCACACACUGGGCAGCCGGGUUUGAGCUUGCUGAGGGUUCUCCUAGCAGGUGUGGGAGUUUGUUCUUUAUUGGCAUCAGAUUGAAGUAUUUUUCAUGGGUUGUGAAAUGCAGAUUAAAUGUUUAGUUAAUUUGUGUAUAAUUCGGGCAUGUUGUUAAAAAGUGACGUUCUGUUUCCACUUCAUUUAGUGUGCAGUCUUGUGUUGGUAGCCAGGUCUGUCUGUGUCUCUAUGGCCAGGUCUGUUCACUGAAUCAGGACUUUUCUUAGUUUAGGGUCGGUCAUUGUGCUCGGGUAUUCUCCCAAUUUAUAUUCUCUGUUUAGGGACAGAUCUGUUGAGCUGUUGCCUCUGUCCAGUGUUUUAGAUAUUUUUCUUUUUUGUGUUUUAAUAAUUUGAUUUGGUAUGCAUUAGGGAUGGGCGAUAUGGACUUAAAACUAUAUCAUGAUAUUUUCUGGUAUUUAUUGCGAUAACGAUGUCAGUGACGAUAUAAAUAUAGUACCGUGCACCACUGUUUUUGGCUACAUGAUUUUGGCAAAAUGUGAUUUUGAGAGCCUCAGAAACACAAACAUUGAUUUAAAAGUAAAACUGAUUUUCUGUAACCCAAACCAGAUCCAGAUUGUAGAGGUAGCUCCUCGUUUAGCGAUAAACUCCUCCUCAGCUUCACGUCCGCCUUCCGCCGUACUUGUUUUCGCUCUGCACGUGAGCUGCGAACGGGACGCAGACUGUCGCACACAGAAAUACGUCAUCAACUAGGCUUUAUCGUUAUCAUCGUGGGAAGACGAAUUCUUAUUGUGGGGAGAAUUUCUACCGGUAUAUCGCAAACGAUAAGAUAUCGCCCAUCCCUAAUCUGUACGGGGAUUUAGUCUGGGGUUUGACUGGACAUGUUUUGGAUUGUAAAGUCAACUGUAAGACCAGCUUGAUGAGGAGGUUUCUCUCUGGGGUUAGCUCUUGGUAUCCGAGUGCUUUGUGAUGGAGGGACUCUAUCACUUUUUAUUUUAUUUAUUUAUUUAUUUAUUUAUUUAUUUAAGGAGGGCAUGGAAUUUAAUGGCUCUUUUUUGAAUUUUAAUUCUUAGUGGGUACAGUCGUAAUUCUGCUCUGCAGGCAUUAUUUGGAGUUUUUCGUUGUACCCGUGGUAUAUUUACCACGGUGGUUACCAUGGUCUUUAUUGGGUAUUUGUCCCAUUUAUUGAACUCUUGGUUUGUAAGCAGACCCCAGACCUCACAUCCGUAAAGCGCAAUGGCUUAUAGAACCGACUGAAUUACUUUUAGUCAGAUUCUGAUGUCAAUUUUGAUAUUUUUCUUAAUAGCGUUAAAAACCCCUUUGUGCUUUUUUUUUUUUUUUUUUUUCUUUUCUCUCAGGCCGUUCACAGCCGUAUUUGACGUUUCCUGUGUUGUUGUUUAUACUGAGGUAUGUGUAGUUCUCAGUGUGUUCAAGGGGCAGGUUGUCUAAUUUGAAGUUAUGCGAAAAAGAGGCAUUUGACUUUUUUGUCUUUAUGUCUAGUAAGGAGGCUAGAAAUAGCAUAAUGGUUCUACACAUGGUCAACAUAAUUUCACACAACCUUUCUUUAAAAUCAAGGCAAUUAUAAAUAGCCUCAUUGAAAUAGUCUAGGGUGGAAAAUACAUAGACAUUUAGUUCAAAACACACACUAUCUUUUUUUUGUAAAAUAUUACACUGCCAAUUAAAGAAAAACAAUGUUUAGGUGAGCAAUUGUAGUGUUUAUACAUAAAUGUAUAUUACAUGGGUAUAUUAUAGAAGGUAAUUAUGAAAUUGUUUUUGGUCAGAAAUAAAUCUGAUUGUUGUUCCUAUUAAAUGUGAAUACCGCUCUCUAUUAAAAAUGUAUUUUAGAAACUUAAUUACACAUGCUCAGACUUGUAUAUUUAUUUAUUUGUUUGGUGUGGAGAAGGGUGUUGACUUUAAAAAAAAAAAAAAAAAACAAGGAAAAAAAAAAAGAAAGAAAACUCAAGUAACUAGGUAGCACCCUGAUCAAUCAUGCAGGUGUGUGUCUCUGUGUGUCUCUGGUAAAGCCGGGUGCACACUGUUUGAUUUUUAAUAGUCCUUUGCGACUGUUGCUUGUCAGACUGUAUGAACAUGUAUGAACAUCCACGCUGUAAGCCAUAUCACAUUGUAGGAUCUCAGUUGUCAUUAAUGUCAGACUGUCAAGACGUGGAAAACGGACGCACGCAAGAAGACUCGUACGGAGGAGGAGAAGCCACACUACAGGACCGUGCCUCAAAUCUUCUGACAGAAUUUAAUCAGAGUAAAAAUUUGAUCGCAACGGCCAUUAAUCGGCUGUCGGGGAACGUGUCAAACUAGCGAUCAGAGACUACAGAUUUUGGCCUAGGAUUAGGAAUCUUCUGUAGGAUCUUUUUAGGAUUCUCAAAAUUUGUCUCAGACGACCAAAUCGUGGCCAAAAUGGUACAGUGUGAACCCGGCUUAACUUGUGAAUGUCUACAUAAGCAGCAUGAGGGAAAUGUUUUUGUUUGCUUAUUGAUUGUCUGUGCUAUAAUUAGUAAUAUGUAGGUAAGGUUUAGUUUUUGGUUCUCUCACAUC